AAAAAAUACCAGCAUGUGAUAGCAGCAAGACAGAUAUUGAAAUGGCUUGACUCAGAAAGAUUUUUGUUUCUUUUGGCGGGAAAUAAUUAAGAAUUUGAAAAGAUCCCAUUGAGAUUUGAAGCUCUGAUACAGUUCUCAAAUUUUAGAAAUCAGUAUAACAGUUAGGGUUAGGGUUCUUGAUAAGAAGACAAAAUGGAAAGAAGGGAAAGCGAGGCAGUGUUUGAAUCGCUGAAUUUAAAUCCAAGACUUCUCAUCAACGAAGUACUCAACACCGUCGAAUACUUGCUCGACGACGCCUUCGAUUACUUUCAUAAAGAAGCUUCGUCUUUAUUGAACACCCAAGGCACUGAUAGAGCUCAGCAUCUGACUCAGGGAAUUGAUCAAAUUCGUAAUGUGAUACAAUCUAAUGUGGGAACAAAAUUGGGUUUGUGGCAAGAAUACUGUUUUCGAAACUGUUUUACACUUCCUCAAGGUUUCUCUUUGCCGAAAAAUGAAUCAUCUGAUGAAAAUUUGGCAAGCCAAGAUGUGCUUAGUGAUCCCGAUUUGGAUACACAAUUGGAUUCCUUAAGAGACAAGCUUAAUCUGAUUGAGAAGGAGAAUGCAGAAAUGAACUGCGAGCUUCAAGCGCUAGAAAGACAGUUUAAUUCAAGCGAUAGUUGUGCUGCACCUAUCAAUGAAGCAUUACAAUUAGAUGGUGAAAACUGCAUCUGAGCUUCGUACAAAAGUAGGGAACUUAAAGACUAGAAGGAUUGAAAACUUGAACAGCAAUGCAAUGAAAAGGAUUUGUGAUCCAAAAAGAGACGUACCGACACUGAAUCAUUGCUUCUCCAAUUUGAAGUCGGAAGAUCUUCAAGCAUUUGUUGCUGAUUUGAAGAAAAUAUGAACUUCACAUGUUUGCCACAUGCUGCAGAAUUCAGGAAUACCCCAUCUAGUACAAUACUGGUAUGUCAUCUGUCAUUCUGUCAACCAAAGCCAUAUAAGGAUUGUAAAUAUAUAUACUAGUGUUGUAUGUUAUCAUAAUGUGAUUCCCUUGAAUGAAAAAUAUUUCUUAUGAAA